AUGAUAAUGCCUCUGUCUCGUCACGGUGCCUUUCGGACGUCUUCUCUCGCUCCCCACAUCUUCAAGUUCAUUAUGCUCGCUAAACUGGUUGUUCUCUUUGCUUCAUUCAUGAGGAUAUGUGGCUCUGUAACUCAUACAGUCACAGUCGGUGUUGAAGGAAGCUUCUUUAAUCCUCCAACCAUCUCUGCAAGCCUCGGUGAUAUUAUCUACUUCAUAUUUGGUGGGGACUUCCACUCGGUCACGCAAAGCUCAUUUGAUUCCCCUUGUAUCCGACUUCCUGGUGGCUUUGAUAGUGGCUUCCAGGGCCGAGGCCCAACUUUCAUUGAACCCACCCCAACAUGGAGCAUAACGAUCACUAACAUUUCUCAACCGAUUUGGUUUUUCUGUGCGGCCAGCGUACCUACCUCGCAUUGUGAAUCCGGGAUGGUUGGGGUCAUCAACCCGCCUUCUAUCGCUAUGUACGAACAAUUCGUUUCCGUGGCAAAGGCAGUGACCAGCACACCCAAGCCGACACCUACCUUUCUUCCUUCUGGCCAAGGCGCAAUCGCCACCGCUCCUCCUAUGCUAUCUUCUCUACCUCUGAGCUCUUUCGCAUCCUCUGCCUCCUUCAGGCCUAUCAAUCCCUCCUCGUCGACCACGGGAACUGACGCAACAGCGUCCUCAAUAGCAUCUGUUCACCGUAAACGGAUUAACGUAGGCCUCAUUGCGGGUUGCGCGACCACAGGCGGUCUUGUAAUUCUCGGCCCUAUUUCAUUUAUCUACUACUUCCUCACGCGUCGCAAGUUGAAGUCAUACCAUGACGAUUUUCGAGAGGCAGAACAUCCACAGCCCCAGAUGGAAUCCCGUUCCAAUUCUGGUGUGGCGUCAGGUCCACCGGCGUCCUACCCCCCCAUUGAAAAACGAGGUCACCCGCAGAUCAAGCCUCUGAAUUCUUUACGAUCCCCGCGGCCGCUCCCCCGUCCUCCGGGAAGUGUAUCUCUUUCGAGUGAUAUGGAUUCGGGAUUGCAAGUGACUAGCACUAGUGAGCUACUCCAUACUCUGUUCUAG